AUGAAAGCACCCGGGCAUAAAUCAAUUCAACACCACUCGCUCUGGCUCAACAGCGUUUUGGAUACUUGUUUAGUGGACAAAAUAGAAAAUAGAGACGUUAUGCCUGAACUAGCGCCCUCCAUGCGCACCGCUGUCCCCGGACCGCUCACUAAUAGCACCAAGGAAGAGCUGGAUACUGUCUUUGAUGCUCGCACGGUACAGAUGGUAAUCGACUAUGACAGAAGUUUUGGCAACUACCUAGUUGACGUUGACGGAAAUACGUACCUGGAUGUGUACGCCCAGAUUGCCUCGAUCCCCGUAGGAUAUAACAAUCCCACGUUAGUUAAGGCAGCACAGUCGCCUGCCAUGGUGUCCGCUUUAGUCAACCGUCCAGCAAUUGGCAAUUUCCCCUCUCAUCAUUGGCUAAACCUCCUGCGUCAGGGUCUCAUGCGCGUCGCUCCCAAAGGGUGCACACAAGUGGUCACUGCGCAGUCUGGAUCUGAGGCCAAUGAGCUUGCCUUCAAAGCCGCCUUCAUGGCAUACCGUCGGCAGCAGCGAGGCUCUGCAACAUGGUCCGAACAUGAGCUUGAAUCUGUCAUGAAAAACCAAAGCCCGGGAACCCCCGAUUUGGCUAUUCUAAGUUUCAAGAACUCCUUCCAUGGUCGAGGAUUCGCCAGUCUGUCCGCUACGCGCUCCAAGUCGGUGCAUAAGAUGGACAUCCCUGCCUUCAAGUGGCCACAAGCUACCUUUCCCCAGCUUAAGUACCCAUUAGAGGAGUAUGAGCAAGAAAACCAACAUGAAGAGGAUCGCUGUCUUCAAGAAAUCGAACACAUUAUCGAUUCCUGGCAUUGCCCUGUGGCAGGGAUUAUCGUGGAACCCAUACAAAGUGAAGGUGGUGAUAACCAUGCCUCUGCACAGUUCUUCCAAGGCCUCCAAGUCAUUACUAAGGCCCGUGCAAUCUAUCUUAUUGUCGAUGAAGUCCAAACUGGUUUCGGAGCAACGGGCAAAUUUUGGGCUCACGAACAUUGGGAGCUAGCCUCUGCCCCCGAUAUAGUCACAUUUUCCAAGAAGGCGCAAACCGCGGGUUACUUUUUCAGUGAUCGAAACCUCCGUCCAGAUAAGGCGUACCGUCAAUUCAAUACCUGGAUGGGCGAUGCCGCACGAGUCAUCAUGUCCAAUGCCGUGAUUGAUGAGAUCCUCACCAAGAACCUGGUUACAGAAACUGCGCGUAUUGGCGACAUUCUCUAUGAGAGAAUAGCUGACCUAGCCAAUCGAUAUCCUAAAUAUAUCAAAAAUCUCCGUGGCAAGGGAGAAGGCACCUAUAUUGCCUUUGAUACGGUUGAUUCGAGCUCCCUGUUGAAGGAAAUGCGGACUCUGGGGAUAAACAUUGGGAGUUGUGGCAUAUCGACCAUUCGACUGCGGCCGAUGCUCAUUUUUGAAGAAGCCCACAUUCGUCUGCUCUUGGAGGCGUUAGAAACAGCGUUUUUGAAGCUGGAUGGGUCGGCGUAA